AUGCGCAGUAGAAGCAGUGCAGCUACGUUUAUACCGUUCGAGGCAAAGUAUCCAGUCAUUCUGCCUCGCCAUCACCUGAUCACCAACCUAAUAGCAGACUGGUAUCAUCGUCGAUUCAACCACGUCAACAGAGAAACAGUCGUGAACGAAAUGAGGCAACGUUUUGAAAUACCCAGAUUACGGUCUAUUAUGUAUAAAGUUACCAAAAGUUGUGUCUGGUGCCGAGUCACGAAAGCAGUGCCUGCCACGCCUGCUAUGGCACCUCUUCCAGACUGUCGAACAACGCCAUUUAUCAGACCCUUCACAUAUGUAGGACUCGAUUACUUCGGACCAGUUCCAAUUCGCGUCGGUCGUAGUCAAGUAAAACGUUGGGUGGCAUUAUUCACCUGCCUUACGAUAAGGGCCGUGCACCUCGAAUUAGUGCACAGUCUCUCGACAGAAUCCUGUAUCAUGGCGAUAAGGCGAUUUGUAACACGACGUGGCCCUCCAGCGGAGUUCUAUACAGACAAUGCAACGUGUUUCCAGGGUGCUAGUAAAGAGCUUCAGAUCGAAAUCGCUACAAAACUGGCCUCAACGUUCACCAGUAACCAGACUAGUUGGAGAUUUAUUCCCCCUGCCGCCCCUCAUAUGGGAGGAGCUUGGGAACGACUUGUUCGGUCCGUGAAAAUAGCUAUAUCUUCAGUUAUAGAAGCGCCACGAAAACCAGACGAGGAAACGUUGGAGACUAUUCUGUGCGAAGCUGAAGCGAUGAUUAACUGUCGGCCGCUAACGUACAUACCUCUUCAAUCGGCGGAUCAAGAGGCGUUAACGCCUAACCACUUCAUUUUGGGCAACUCCACUGGCGUAAAAAUUCUACCUAUGGAACCUAUCGACUACUCCGGAAUACUUCGCAGCAGUUGGAAGUUGGCACAAAGCAUAACCGAUGAGUUUUGGAGGAGAUGGAUACGGGAGUAUUUGCCGGUCAUAUCUAGAAGGUGUAAAUGGUUCGAGACUGUUAAGGACCUACAAGUCGGGGAUUUGGUGUUAGUAGUGAGUGGAGCGACAAGAAAUCAAUGGAUCCGUGGCAGAAUUGUGGAGGUGAUCCCCGGAAAGGAUAAAAGAAUUCGCCAAGCUAUGGUGAAAACAUCAGCUGGCGUUUUCAGACGAGCAGCUACAAAACUGGCGGUGUUAGACGUCCUUGAGUAA